ACAAAUACGGAAAUACAGUUCAGCAUCCUGGUAGUUGUCUGCAGACGUUUCUUCUUCUUUUUUUGUCCUGUAUUUUGAUAUUUUUUGUUGAUCAUAUUAAAACAGCGUGACAGGUGCUGUAGAUAUUUGCUUUCCGCUUUAUGGAUUUGACUCAGCUUCUGUCAUGGGCCUGCAUCGUGUUCACAGUCGGGAUGUUCUCCACAGGACUGACCGACCUGAAGAAGAUGCGAGAAUCCAAAAGUGCAGACAACAUCCAGUUUUUGCCCUUCCUUACCACUUGUCUAAAUAACCUGGGCUGGCUGUUUUAUGGUACCCUGAAGAGGGAUCACACCAUUGUCGUAGUGAACAUCAUUGGAGCACUUCUCCAAAUCCUCUAUAUUGUAAUGUACUUCAUCUACACUAAACACAAGCGGCAAGUGAUGCUCCAGACUCUGGCUGCAGCAGCAGUGUUGAUCUGUGGAUGGUUAUACUUCACCACCUUUUUAACAAAGGGGGAGGCUCGACUUAAUCAGCUUGGUCUCACCUGCAGUGUGGUCACCGUCAGCAUGUACAUGUCUCCACUCACAGACCUGGUAGCAAUAAUCCGCAGUGGUAACGUGCAGGUCUUAUCCUUCCCUCUAACUGUUGCCACCUUCUUUACUUCAACCGCCUGGGUUCUCUAUGGCCUGCAGCUGAACGACUACUACAUUACGGUUCCAAACAUGCCAGGAAUCUUCACCAGCCUGAUCAGAUUUUAUCUGUUCUGGAAAUUUGAAUCCACUGGUCAAAGUUCACCCUCCUAUAAGCCUUUGCAUAUAUGAGGUGGGGAAAAUAGGGAGAAAGACAGUUCAAACAUGUCAGUUUGUGAAAGAAGAGGUUUUACAUAUUUUCUCAUUCCUGCUGGAGGAGAGCGAAUCUUAUACAUGGAGUGACACCAAUUAUGAAGUAGUAAUAACAAAUAAUUUGUAUGUUUUACAUGGGGUUCAACUGUUAUUUUCAUGCAGUGAUGCUUUUCUUUGCUCUUUGCCUUUAAGCAAGUCUCACAUGGUUGUGUAUGCUAAUAAGUAUUACCGGCACUCACCGACCUUUUGUCGUGUUGUGAAACAAUCUAAAUCUGAUUUCAGCAUCAUUUAAUUAUAGCCAAAGAUUUAAAGUAGUUCUGCCUUCUUGACUUUUAUUUUUAAUAUAUACAUAUUUAUGUAUAUUUUUGUGUUUGUACCCUGGUACUUAUUUCGGGACCAUUAUGGAAUAUAUUGCUGCAUAUUUUCCUGCACAGCUUGUCGAGAUGAGUUUGUAUCUCUUCAGACUUUAUAUUUGUGCCUUUCUUUUUAUGUAACCAUGUAUAUAGAUUCUAUCUCUAUUGUGGCAAUGAUAUUUGUCCAGGACUCUUUUCUAAAUAUUUGGACCUAAACUUAUAUAUAUAUAUAUAUAUAUACCCUUAUAAGUUCUAUAAGACCCUUAUAAGUGCUUAUUGAGCACAUUUUUUAAGGCCAAAUAGUUUACAAAUAUUUUUUGGUAUAUUUUUAUGGUUUGUAUAUGGAAUUUAAUAAACUUUCUGACA